AUGAGAGCUUCAGGGGCUAUCGGCUUUCUUACGCCGGCAAUUGCCUUCUUGGGCUGCGUGCCCGGCGCUCAUGGAUACCGGCUAGGUUUUUGGGCCGGUCAACGACGGAGCAUCACCCACACUGCUUCUGCGGCACAAGAGGACCUCUCUCGACUUCAGGAUCAGAAGCUUGCUCCCAGAGAUGAUGGCCAGGACUGACUUCAACGAGUAGUGUCUUCCAGCUACUGUCCCAACACCCAUUGUGUCGACUCCCAUCGUGUCCAGUCCAACAUCAGCGACAUCACCGGCGACUUCGACCAGGACAGAUCCGCAUUCGUUAACAUCCACGUCAACUCAAGAGUCAACCCCAGCGAACUCUGCCACGCCGAGCUCGCCAUCAGGGGUCUCUUCGAUUUCAACCCCAUACUCUGCGACCUCGACUGUUGCUGCCAUCACGGGUCCUACUUCGUCGUCCAAAUUCCAGACAUUCCGACACCGACAAUUCCUUCCACGCCUACAGUGCCAGAGACCCCUAUCAUCUCGAUACCCACACCGUCUGGAACGCCCGUCGAGACUCCUACCGUUAUUACAAUCCCAACCCCUUCUGUCUCGACACCUACAGUCAUCACAGUCCCAACUCCUGACAUCUCGACCCCCACUGUUAUCACAAUUCCAACCCCUGAGGUCUCGACGCCAACUGUUAUCACAAUCCCAACCCCUGAGAUCUCAACGCCCACUGUUAUCACCAUCCCAACGCCUAAUGUCUCGACGCCUACUGUCAUCACAGUGCCGACUCCUUCUGUCUCGACUCCUACUGUCAUCACUGUCCCGACCCCUGAUAUCUCGACUCCUACUGUCAUCACAGUCCCGACCCCUGAUAUCUCGACUCCUACUGUCAUCACCAUCCCGACACCUGAUAUCUCGACCCCUACGGUUAUCACAGUGCCGACUCCAUCUGUUUCGGCCCCGACAGUGAUUACUGUCCCGGCGCCUUCGGUCUCUACUCCCACAGUUAUCACAGUGCCGAUCCCUGAUGUCUCGACUCCUACAGUUAUUACAGUCCCAGCUCCUUCUGUUUCGACCCCUACCGUUAUCACAAUCCCGGACAUCUCAGUGUCGACGCCUUCACUCAGGUCUGGUUGGUACCACGCCAGUCCAGUCAUUGACGAGCACCCCAAGCAACACUCCAUCUCCAUCCCCCUCAACAGCGACUACUACUACUACUCCUACAUGGACAUCGAUCGGGCCUGGCACGGGCAUAUCUGGCUUCCCGAGUCCGUCACCAAGCACGUCGAGCGCCCCGUACUACAUCUCCAACUCGACCACUCGGGUAGGUCCAACAGGUACAGGCACGAGUCCAGUAACCAGUUCCCCUCCAUUCCCAGUGUCCAAUGCAAGCAGCGUAAGCCUCUCAACGGGAUGGCUGCAUACAUCACCGACAACUCUGGUGACUGUCAGCGUGUCGACAACUUCAAACUAUUGCUCGCCGACCUCGCAAGGAGUCACCUCAACCCCUUGCACGCCAGUUAUCACUGGGUCUUUGACCCCUAGGGUCACGGGGACUUUGAGCCCAUCUCCAUCCACGACCGCAACGGUGCCAUACCCGUUGACGAACAGCACCAGAAGGGUCUUGCCCACUGGAAGCGGCAACACAGGCUGCACCGCCACUGGCACCGCCAGUUCUCCUUGCAGCCACGGCCAAUCUACGCCGGCGCCAUCGACCUCAGUGCCGGUCAACAACGGCACCAAUCCCGCAACUUCGCCAACAUCUUGCUCUCACGGCGCUUCUCGGACUACAUCGCGGGCUCCCCUCACGUGGAGCCAUUCGUGCAAUGGCACGACGCUCAGGACCGUGAUCACCUCGAGGAUCUCGUGGAGUACUGCUCUGCCGGGGACUACGCCAGUGAGCCCUUCGACUCUGAGCCCCAGCUCGCUCACUACGACACCCGUGAUUGUGACGAGCCCGACUCCGAGCUCGCCUACUCCAAGCUCACCAACCCCAAGCACAGCUCUAAUCACGAUCCCCGAGAUCAUCUCAAGUCCCACUCCCAGCUCCGGCCCCAGCACAACCCCAGAGGGCACUACAACCCCCAGCCCAAUCUCUUCCCCCAGCUCAACCCCCCAGACUGUGACAACCACAACGCCGUCGCUUAG